UGCGCAGGUUUCCAUCCUUUUUCAGUUUUUCUCUUGGAAUAAAUAAAAAUAGUAAAUCUUUGUAUCGUUGUCAGUUUACUGUUUAUUUAUGUAUUUGGCAAUUUUAAUACCAUAAGAGACAUUUUCGUACGAGUGCUGCAGUGUCGAUGCGAUGCAAUCGCACACUUGUUCUUGUCAUUUCACUUUGCGUAAAUUCCUGAUGGUUAUCUGAUUAUCGUUCCAAGCAGGAGCCAGGAAACAUGGGCAAAACUCGCUUCUCAAUCAACAGUGCAGCGUCGUCCGUGUCGAGUCAGGUCUCCAAAGCACCCACUCCGCAACGUCUCGACUUCACGGAAGCGGAGGCGGAGCCCGAGGUGGACCUUCCCAGUGUGGACGGGGGAUCCGAUUCUACCCUGCGGCGCUCUCCGCGGCUCCAUCGGCCGCAGAGUACGUUGAGCAAUCAGGAGAAUCACCAGCCCAUGCAGAAACGCCAACGGACUUCGUCUCCCGAAGUCGCCACCCCGAAACGGGCGCGCCUCUCUCCCCGCAACGCCCCGGCUCCGAAGUCGUCUGUUCCACAGCCAACAGACUCGCCGUUAGGGGGCGCACGCACGGACGCACCGUCUCGAGAUAAUUUUUGGAAUUAUCCCAAUUUGAGUGUGGCCAGUUGGAAACUAGUCCACUACCGGUUUGCGGAUGUCAUACAGCGCUUCGAUCAGCAUGUCAAAAAUUCCAACGCACUGCAAAAGGAACUGGAGCGAGUGUCUCCGCGAACUACGCGCAGUGCGGAAAAGGCGCGGCAGGAUGUCGAGAGCGAAUUAAAGAAGGAGCAAAACCGAGUUAAUAAACUACACGCCGUGCUAAAUCAUGCCAGUCAUCUUCGGGACGAGUUCAAGUUAUACAACGUUGCACCGCUUUAUAAACUUCUGGACGCACGGCACUCCACCUGGACACUGGCUGACUGCAUGAAUAAAUUAAAGGAUAAGAUUAAAAAGAGCCUGCUACGGAGUGCGCUAGGUGAUAAAUAUACGGAUUUCCAUCUGAUAUUUCAGCAAUAUCGCGGUUUUGAUCCAUGCAAAACGGAGUUUGACGAAUCAGCGUACGAGCUGAGAAUUUAUGGCCAACGGAAGAACAGUCAAGAAUGGAAUUGGAAAAGCCUUAUGAUUUUUGGUUCCCUUGGACUCCGUAAAGCGGAAUCCUUAAUGCAUAUUGCGGGCGAAGAUUUCGCCUUUUACCCGUUCAUAAUUGGAAUCGGUGACUCCGCUAUCAUGAAAGAAGUGUACCGGCAUUUGUUUCAUUACCACGAUGGAGCUGUCAGAGCGCAGCAUUUCAGUAUUAAGGACAUGUGGCCGAUAAUAGCCUGCUGUAUAUUUUAUACAGCGAAGUUUAAACUGGAUGCGCGAACGAUCAAUUUGAACAUUACGAUUGAAGAUACCUCAAUACGACGGUCCUUUGCGGACAGUGUGGUGAUGAUUAAUGUUGCCAGUUUAGUGAGGAAGUACAUCACGAAAUUGACCGAGCCGUUGGUCGAUGCCGCGGAGUUAAUGAGGGAAGUUAUGCCAAAGGAUCAGGUUGAAGAAGUCCGCUGUUUUGUACAGAAGGAAAUCGAAUCCCGCCACAAUUGCCGGUGGAACGAAGAGACAAUGGUGAUAAAGCGGGUUCAGAUGAAAGAAAUCUCUAUCAAAAGUGAUGGAACUUUAAAGUUCCAAAGCCACCUCCAAGCAAUAUCCUUCCUCUACUUCUAUAGCAAAUACCGUACUCGGGCUUACCUACAUCCCAUCCAUGGGGUGACCGAGGAUGACCUUUAUGAAGAUCCACCCCAAAGUGAUGAUGCCACUAUCAAUUUGCCCCCGACAGACGAUAGCGGUUUUAGCACUGCCAGCGCACGCGACACGAGAAAAUCGCAGAUAAAUGGUACUCUGGUAUAUUAGCUGCUGUUUUUCUGAACUUUUAUUUAUUGUUGUUAAGGAAUUCCUUGCUUGGGUUAGACUUCGCUGGUUAGAUGUUCCCGUCGUAUUUUCGAUGGAUCGAGUGAUCUUUGUAUUUAAUAUCUUGUUAUGUUUUAGUACGUGUUUUUUGUUGGACACGUUUAGAAAGAGGCAAAAGUGAUUGUGUCUAUCCAUACUUGUACUGACGUUUUAAUGUGCGUUACCGUUACGAAGAAAUAUGUUAGUAGAAACUCUAUGGGUGGGCGCCGGGCGAUU